AUGAGGUGUGUUUGCUUCAGACUAAAGCUUUAUAUGCAGAUUAUUUGAUUGAUGUUCAUGCAUCAUGCAUGUAGCAGCAAAACCAAGAUUUGCGAGAUUUAUUAACAGUGAUCUUCAUCUCAAUGUCAGUGUAAAUCUGAAGGGAAGCUGUGUCUUUCAGGGCUAAAUGACUUGAUUUCAAUAAUCAACAUAGGCUAUCUAUCUUCUCCAUCUUGUGUGUGUUUGCGUGCACCUGCACAUGCAUGUGUGCACGUGUGUGUGUGUGUGUGUGUGUUCCAUGUCUCAUGGAUGCAGAGCGAGCCUGUGUGUGUGAGAGACCCUGAGCAGCAGGGCCAGAUCUCCUGACAUCAUUGAAGAUGACAUAUCAGAUUACUCCAAGGACUGGAAUUUGUCCUUGUCCAUGAUUUAGUACAAUUGUUGAAUCCUUCUGCAUUCUUGUCAAAUUCAGCUUUGUGGUUUAUUAUAGAUGAACAAUUUGUUUCUGUUUUCUUUGCGGGGCACACUGUAGAGUUUGUCAGUUUGCCUUUAUUCAAUCUUUUAAAUUGAUAUAACGAUUGUGAUGCAACGCCUGUGUUACAUAGUUUAUAAAGAUAGGUCUGAUGCUUAUAACAGAUAGAUGGUAGGUUUGCUAAAGACAGGAUAAUGGAAGGAGUGAAAGGGACAAGUCUACUGUAUCGCUAAAUCCUAGUAUUGAUAGUGAUAAGUAUUUUAAGAAGUAUUUUUCAUUACAGUUCUACUGUGUAGUUAACACUGUGAAAAUUAGUCCAGACUUAGUUAUGACAUUUAGUCUAGAUCUUAUACAGAGGGAAUAGCACAUUAGCAAGAGCACAUUUCUCAGUUCCUCUUCUGGUAAUCUAUAGGUGGACAUCUCCUGGAUUCAGUCUGGGACAGCACAUGGUGGACUUGGAGAGACAUGUCCCCCUUAUAGGAAUAAACAUCAGUUAACCACGUUCCAGUCUCCAGCCAUAACAUCAUUCUCAGUUCAGACAGAGGCAUCCUCAGAAUAGCCCUUCUCUAUAUGUCUCUGCCCCAUCUCAUCCCAGACCCCUCAUGAUGUGUUGGCCUGAAGUGUCCUCCCGACUGCCCCAACCACCAUAAACACAACACUUACCCCAAAUGCCUGGGAUGGUUGGGAUAGCUGAUUGAAACACCAUGUGUUGGUUACAGUGGGUGAGUUAUGUCUGUGGCUAAUGUGAGGUGUGGUGGAUAUGUGUGUGUGUGUGUGUGUGUGUGUGUGUGAUAACUGACCCUAGUUUUGUGUAGUCCUCCCAGGUCAAUGCUGUGUCUAGUUGCCAAGGGCAACACCUCCGUCUGAGAGUCUGUCUGGUUAUUUCUGACUACUGAAGAGACUGAAGACGUAUGUUUGUUUGUGUGUCGUGGUGUCGUGGGUAGGCCUAGUUCGUGAGGGCUUGCUUGCCGAAACACUUUAUCUUGGUUGCUUUGAAUUUUGAUAUCCAAUUUUUGCACUUGAUGACUGUUAUUUGUGUAUUAAUGAACAUAUAAUAAUUGUAAUAGGUGGGUCAGGCCACACAGAGUGAGAGGGAGACAGCACAACCAGGCCAUACAGUCACUAUUUGUGUUUGGCUGCUGAGCUGACAGUUAGAGGGAACACUCCUGUGUGAAGUGGAAGGUUUACACCAAGAGGCUAGACAGUGUGUGUAUUAACAAGAACUUGCAUACCCCUUCGCACUCCUUCCUCUUUCCUCUCUCUGUCUCUCUUCACUCUUUUUCUCUCUCUCAGACACACUUGCACACACACACGCACGCACGCACGCACGCACACGCACGCACACACACACACACACACACACACACACACACACACACACACACACACACACACACACACACACACACACACACACACACACACACACACACUCUCUGCCCCCCCACCCCCUCAUCUCCCAUCCCUCUCUCCUCUCAUCUUUAUCUCUCUCCAUCUCUUCAUCCCUCUCUCCUCUCAUCUUUAUCUCUCUCCAUCUCUUUAUUCCUCUCUCCAUCCACUCCUUCCUUUAUAGCCAGCGACUCAAUUGAGUGGGGGCUAAUGGAGGCCCCGUCCAGGCCCUGCUGAUAAAUAAUGUAACUUCUUUAUAAUGCCUGGUCUCUGGGGAGAGAGCAGAGAGCAUCAUUACUGGCUCCUCAUCCUACAGCCCCGGCCCCUAAAUUGAUUAACAGCACUGACCGAAGCAGCUAGCGCAAAAUGAUCAAUGGGGUUGGUAGGGAUUGGUUGCUUGCAGCUAGCGCAGGCUCGGAACGGCACAGGUCAGGCUAACAGGCCUUGUCAAUGACACGUGAUCAUGGGCUAACCUAUUAGAUCCCACUGACUCCCAUUAAUUCUGCCUGGCUAUGCUAACUACUCACUAACGGGUUAGCGUUAGCGGCGGUUAGCUCGCUAACCCAAUACAGGCUGAAUGAAUGGCAGGCAAGGGCGGUAGAUAGAUAGCGCUGCCCGGGCACUUUUAUGGAGCUCUUGUGUAAAUGGCGGUGUGUGUUUCAGCUUAAAUGGGCAGGGGGGGGGGGGGGGUAAGAGUGGAACCUGUCCGCUUCAGAUAUUUGUGUGAUGCUUCAUUGGACCCUACUUGUGUAAGAGAGAAGCGUAAGUCUGCGUCCCAAAUGGCACCCUAUCCUCUGUAUAUGACACUACUUUUGACCCAUAGGGCCCAUAGCACUAUGUGCACUAUGUAGGGAAUACGGUGCCAUUUGGAACACACCCUAAGUAUGUGUUGGGUAAGAGAGGUUAGAGAAGGGGACGGCACGAAGAAGAUGUUUGGGAGGUUUAGGGAAGAGAGAAAAGUGUAGGUCAGGCUUAUCUUUAGGAGGGGGAUCAGAUAUCAGAUUAUUACUGAUCUACUGGGUCACCUGUAGUAACCAACAACCAUUGAUCAAAUAAUGACUUGUAGUAACCAUUUAUCCGAAAAUGACUGAUCUAGUUAUUGUGCCUGAUGACUAAUAAGGUGAUACUGAAACCAUCUAAUGGUUUACUUCAGGUGACAGAUCUUCUGGAGGGAAUCAGAUGUAGAAGAGGUGGCAUUAGAGAACAACACCUUACCCAUCACAUUACUUUUGGUUUCUCAUUUACAUUUUUCCCUGUUCUCCUGUUCUCAGAACAUUCUGUAUAAAGCUAAUGUAAUAGGGGUGUAACGAUUCGUUUUAACAACGAUUCGAUUUGUAUCACGAUUCGUGGUUGUCGAUACGAUUCAAGGACGAUAUUGGUUCAUUUAGAACGAUACGAUCCGAAACGAUUCAGUGACUUGAAAUCGAUUCAGUAACCUUUUAGCCAAAAAUUCAACCAGUGUGACUGAAAUAAAUACCUGGAUACUGGACAGUGCAGGUGAAGUUUCCUAGAUUCCUGUUUCUUGUAAGGUAAUGGUGGCUUGAUAAUUUCUCGCUCGUCGGCUUCUCCUCUGUCGUCCGCCAUGCUAUGUUUUGUUGUCUUGGCGCCUUUGCGCUGCUGCUGGCGCGAUGACGUCACGGAUAGGCAGACUGAAUCGAGUAAUGUUUAAAGCCUUUAUCAUUAAAAGUGCUAAGAAAAAACAUCCAUAUAAACAGGGGUGCACAUACCUUUUUCAGUGAGUUACUCAGGUGAGUACCAGCAGAUGGUGUCUGGUACUCACCCCAUAUGUAGCGUGGUCUUAAUAAGUACAGUCUUCCUCACUGUCCUCUUCAGUGUCGCCCCCCACUGUCCUCUGCUUCAGCUUCCUGCAUGGUAGAUGAAGAUGCUGCAGAUACACCUCCCUGUCCUUGGUUGAGCCUCCGAUUAGCUGUCUCCAUCCACAGGUCAACAGCAAGCUUUGGGUCAAAUGUCUCUGUGGUCUGCUUUGACAGGUGAAUGUGCAUCAGGGCUGAGAGACGAGCAUGUGACAGACAAGAUCUGUACUUGGUUUUUAUUAUGUUGAGAUGUGAGAAUCCCCUCUCACAAGCUGCACUGCUUAAAGGCAGUGUAAGAGACAGCUUAACCACCUUGUUGAUGUUGGAAUAAGCAUCUGGGUUACUUGUACUUACUAUUUGGACCAAGUCAUACACAGAAGAGGCUCCCAGGCGUUUUCCUGCCUGCUUUAAGCGCAUCCAUUCUGUCACAGUGGUAUCUUUGUCAAGUUGCAAGGUGGCCUCAUAUUUCUUGAGAAUGCUGCAAACUGUUGUGUUUCCAAAACUGUGGAGGUCUUGCAUUUCCUGAGGCCAUGUUGAAGGAUCAAAUACUAAGAAAUGAUCACAUGACUUGAGGGAGUCAUAUCUGAUUUCAAACUCUUCAAUUAACCCCCUGAGUAAGUGUGUCUUGUCUCUGUCAGCAUCAGCAUUGGAAACAGUGUGUGCCCUGUGGCUUUCACCAUCAAGCAGAAGUGUGAACUGUCCAAUGGCCACCAUGAGUUCAUCCUUACAUUCUCCAAUGGUCAGCUUUUCCUUCUGAAACCUAAUGGAUGUGGUCUUCAAAAUGUUGCAAAUGUCAAGCAUGUUUGACAGAAAGCACUGAAAACGCUCUGUGCAGAUAUGCUGCAAGUCACUUAUCACUCGUAACCAGUUGCAUUUUAAUGGCUGGCAAUAGUCUUGAUAUUUUUAACAGUGUUUCAUGCCUCCAUGCAGACCAUCUGGUAUUAUGAAACUUACCCAGUUCCACAAAGGAGAUCUUAUUUUCUUCACAUAGCUUUAUUCAGUGCAGCAGUUUUUUUUGCUCCACCUUUUUGUAAAUAAAACUGCAGCAGCUUGACCACAGAGCGAUGAAAUGUCUCACAGUAAGGAACGUUGCGAUCAGCUGAUUUCGCGCAAUUCUCCAGUGUGUGUGCGGUGCACAGAAUGUGCACAAGGGAGUCUCCAACCGCAGCAUGUUGCCGGAGUUUUGGCACAACGCCGUUGUAGAUACCUACGUUGACAGCAGCCCCGUCUGUGCACACAGCGACCAACUUUGUUGUCCAGUCAUCCAAGCCUGUGUCCUGGAAAAGUCUCACAAGUCCGUCUGUUAUGGCCUGUGCGGUUCGGUCAGCACCCAAUUCAAUCAGUCCAAUAAAGUCCGAAGUAAACUCUCCGUUGCUGGACACAGACACAAUGUAAACUAUUUCCUGCUCAGUUUUUGUGAUGUCCUCAGAUCCAUCAAAAAGCAGCCCCCAAAAUUCAGCAGACUGCAACUUGGCUCGUAACUCCCCGCUGAUGGUGUGAGCGAUGCUCUGCAUGAUCCGUGUGCCCCCUUCACGUGAAUGAUAUGCACCUCCGACAUUUACUCCUAGCCGCUUCAGUAAAGGAACAUCCUCAGAAUAGGAAGACAUGGGACGUGCGUGUUUAGCUUUAUGGAAAGAGAAAAAUAUUAAACAGAGCUUGCCGCUGUUCUUCAUUCAGCUUGUCUCGCCAUCUGGCAAGUGGGCGACUGGACAUUUAUUCUCGGCUAGCUUUUAGCAAUGGCUUGCGCCACAUUCAUGUGCUCCUUGCUCUUUUCAUGUUUGUCAAAUAAAGGAUGGUUGAAAUUCUUUGGGCCUUUAUAAAAUGCACCUGUUUUGUCUGCUAGAUGUGGAUUUGAGCGGCAAAUCUUGCACCACAUUUCAGUGCGCUCAUCGUUAGCUUCAAGCCACUGCACAUCUUGGAGCCACUUUUCCGAAAAAAGUAUUUUCUUCGGCUCUGGCUCCAGUUGGCGUUUCUUUGUAGGUGGCGAAACGCCAAAGAAGCUGCUUAAUGUCUGUUGCUUUUUGGACAUCCCUGACAGUAGUUGACAAGCAACAUGUCAUGUGUAAGGUUAGAUGAGAAGAUCGGUCAAGUACGCAAAGGCGCGUAGUAACACAAGUGGCAUUACGCCAUUCCUGAGUUUUUGUCGCGCUUGCGUAUCUGCGUACCAGUUAUGUGCACCCCUGCAUAUAAAGUCUGACGUGCUUAAAUCCAAUGGGUUUAUUUCCUAGUAGUCGAUACAAUCGAUUUAUUAACAUUUUAAAACGAUGUUUAGAUCGAUAAUGUUGCUCCAAACGGCCAACUCGCCGGCAAGAUCGAUGUGUUGGAUCAUGGAACGACUCGUGUAGAGAGAACGUUUACCCAUCGUAGAUUAAUCCAGAUACACCCUAAGUAUGUGUUGGGUAAGAGAGGCUAGAGAAGGGGUAGCAGGUAGCUUAGUGGUUAAGAGCGUUGUGCCAGUAACCGAAAGGUCGCUGGUUCUAAUCCCGAGCCGACUAGGUGAACAAUCUGUCGAUGUGCCCUUGAGCAAGGCACUUAACCCUAAUUGCUCCUGUAAGUUGCUCUGGAUAAGAGCGUCUGCUAAAUGACUAAAAAUGUAAAUGUAAAGAAGGGGACGGCACGAAGAAGAUGUUUGGGAGGUUAAUGUGAUUUAGGGAAGAGAGAAAAGUGUAGGUCAGGCUUAUCUUUAGGAGGGGGAUCAGAUAUCAGAUUAUUACUGAUCUACUGGGUCACCUAUUAUUGAUCAAAUAAUGACUUGUAGUAACCAUUUAUCCGAAAAUGACUGAUCUAGUUAUUGUGCCUGAUGACGAAUAAGGUGAUACUGAAACCAUCUAAUGGUUUACUUCAGGUGACAGAUCUUCUGGAGGGAAUCAGAUGUAGAAGAGGUUCCAACAACACCUUACCCAUCACAUUACUUUUGGUUUCUCAUUUACAUUUUUCCCUGUUCUCCUGUUCUCAGAACAUUCUGUAUAAAGCUAAUUUAAGAUUAUCAGAGUAGCCCAAACUGUCCCCCAUUCUAUACAGUCCAGAGUAGGGCAAACACCGGCCCCAUUCUAUACAGUCCAGAGUAGGGCAAACACCGGCCCCAUUCUAUACAGUCCAGAGUAGGGCAAACACCGGCCCCAUUCUAUACAGUCCAGAGUAGGGCAAACACCGGCCCCAUUCUAUACAGUCCAGAGUAGGGCAAACACCGGCCCCAUUCUAUUUUGACUGGUCCACAGACAACCCCAAAUGAGCAUUGUCUGUCUCAAGCAUCAAUACAAUCCCAUUUUGACCUUUUAUAUAACUUUGGUCAAACAGUGGCCAUAUAUUGGUCAUACGUUAUAGAUCCUCCUCAGGUUGGAGAUUAGUAGAUUCUAAUGAUGGCAAUUGACGAAUGAAACGUCAUGUUUUUUUACUGAAAUAGCUAAAUAAAACAUACCAUUUUUAACUGUGAGCGAAAGUCACACCUAUUCCCUUCAGAUUCUCAGAUUUGGAAAUACCCAAGUAGAGUCUGGACUGGAGAGAUCUAGAAGAUCUAAUCCAAGUGUAUGAUGUUGUUGACAGUAGGUGAUUGUGGAGAGAGGUCUGACUGUCCAGAUGUUCCAGUUACAGUCUAUCGCGCUCUACUUUCCUGGAAUCCUCCAUCUGAAUUGGAUUACAAGUUGUUUUUUUGCAGCUGGUCUGGAGCAUGUGGUGUGAUGGUCUGUCGAUGACUGACUGUCUGACUGACUGUCUGAGUGACUGCCUAACUAUCUGACUGUCUGACUGACUGACUGACUGACUGAGUGUAUGUCUGACUGACUGACUGUCUGAGUGACUGACUAACUAUCUGACUGUCUGACUGACUGACUGAGUGUAUGUCUGACUGACUGACUGUCUGAGUGACUGCCUAACUAUCUGACUGUCUGACUGACUGACUGAGUGACUGCCUAACUAUCUGACUGUCUGACUGACUGUCUGAGUGUAUGUCUGACUGACUGACUGAGUGUAUGUCUGACUGACUGACUGUCUGAGUGACUGCCUAACUAUCUGACUGUCUGACUGACUGACUGAGUGACUGCCUAACUAUCUGACUGUCUGACUGACUGUCUGAGUGUAUGUCUGACUGACUGACUGACUGAGUGUAUGUCUGACUGACUGACUGUCUGAGUGACUGCCUAACUAUCUGACUGUCUGACUGACUGACUGAGUGUAUGUCUGACUGACUGACUGUCUGAGUGACUGACUAACUGUCUGACUGUCUGACUGACUGACUGAGUGUAUGUCUGACUGACUGACUGUCUGAGUGACUGACUAACUGUCUGACUGACUGUUUGACUGUCUGACUGACCCAUCAAAGCAGGAUUGUGUUUGAGAUUGACAGACAAGAGCUGCCUUUUGUCUUGAGGUGUGUAUCAUUGCUUCUUUUGACCUUUCUCUCCUUCUCUGUUCAUGGAAAGGGAAUCUCAUCCCAGAAUGGUGGGAAAACCAGUAAGAGAGAGAAUGGUUUAUUUCAAAUUCAAUAAGGCAACAUUACAUAGUAUCAAUGGCAGCUAAUGCUGAAUUAUUUGACACAAUUUGCAAAAGUCAUAAAUACACAAUAAAAUCUACAACUUAAACAUGCAUAUUUUCUUGAAAAAUGCUCUGGGUAACGUAUAUGUACACAGCACAGGAGGUUGGUAGCACCUUAAUUGGGGAGGACAUGCUCGUGGUAAUGGCUGGAACGGAAUUAGUGGAAUGGUAUCAAACACAUGGUUUCCAUGCGUUUGAUUCCAUUCCACUUGCUCCUUUCCAGCCAUUAUUAUGAGCCGUCCUCCCCUCAGCAGCCUCCACUGGUAUACAGAACACAUGUAAAGGUCAGGUAAAGGUCACAUAACAACACUGAGACAACGUUUUUACCCUCCCUUUCCAAUCCUAACCCUUCCCAUCCCCCUGUCCACCCAUGGAGAGGUCGUCAACCCUAUAGGAGAUGUGCUGCCCACCAUGAGAGAGAGAGAGAGAGAGAGCGAGAGAGAGAGAGAGAGAGAGAGAGAGAGAGGAAACAUAUGUCCUCUGUUCUUCAGUCCUCUGAAUGUUCUCAGAGACGGAGUGAUAGAUCCCAUAGCUACUUCCUCCCAUAUGGCUGAAACACAAUGCUGCUCCAAUGUGGCAUCAUGGGAGUGGGCCUGGCCCUGGUCAGCAGAAGGCCACACAGAGGAUAUCUGCCCUCAAACCCAGGUUUCCCUUGAAGUAGCUCAUCUCUCUCUCUCUCUCUCUCUCUCUCUCUCUCUCUCUCUCUCUCUCUCUCUCUCUCCUUUUCUCCCUCUCUCUCUCUCUCUCUCUCUCUCCCUCUCUCUCUCUCUCUCUCUCUCUCUCUCUCUCUCUCUCUCUCACACACGCACAUGAGCACGUGCACAUACACCAAAACACAUGCCUUCGCAUACACACCUCUCCCCUCCCCUUACGCCGCUUUUUAAAUUAGCAAAUGUGAUUGGGCGGCUAGGCUAAAUAUAGGAGGAGCUUUCAGCUUUCCUGUCAGCGUGGUUAGCAAUAGCAGGCCUCCAAUGACACCUCACCUUACCGCCAGACACACACACACACACACACCCUCCCAGCUGUUGUAAACAACACCUGUUCUCACAGAACGAUCACUGCCUGUUUGUCUCUAGUAGUAGUAGUACAGCAGCAGUAGUAGUGGUAGUAGUAGUAGCAAUAUAGUAGUAGUAGUAGUAGUAGUAGUAGUAGUAGUAGUAGUAGUAGUAGUAGUAGUAGUAGUAGUAGUAGUAGUAGUAGUAGUAGCAGCAGCAGUAAUAUUAGUAGUAGCAGGAGUAGUAGUAGUAGCAGGAGUAGUAGUAGUAGUAUUAGUAGUAGCAGUAGUAGUAGUAGUAGUAGUAGUAGUAGUAGUAGUAGUAGCAGGAGUAGUAGUAGUAGUAGUAGUAGCAAUAUAGUAGUAGUAGUAGUAGUAGUAGUAGUAGUAGUAGUAGUAGUAGUACUCGUAGCAGUAGAAGUACUACGUAGUAGUAGUAGUAGUAGCAGUAGUACUAGUAGUAGUAGAAGCAGCAGUAGUACUAGUAGUACUUGUAGCAGUAGUAGUAGCAGCAGUAGUAGCAGUAGUAGUACUAGUAGUAGUAGUAGCAGUAGUAGUAGUAGCAGUAGUAGUAGUAGUAGUAGUAGUAGUAGCAGCAGUAGUAGCAGUAGUAUUAGCAGUUGUAGUAGUAGUAGCAGCAGCAGUAGUACUAGUAGCAGUAGUAGUAGUACUAGUAGUAGUAGCAGUAGUAGUAGUAGCAGCAGUAGUAGUAGUACUACUAUUAGCAGUAGUAGUAGUGGUACUAGUAGUAGUAGUAGUAGUAGUACUACUAGUAGUAGUAGCAGUAGUAGUAGUACUAGUAGCAGUAGUAGUAGUACUAUUAGCAGUAGUAGUAGUAGUAGUAGUAGUAGCAGCAGCAGCAGCAGCAGCAGUAGCAGUAGCAGUAGCAGUAGCAGUAGUAGUAGUAGCAGCAGCAGUAGCAGCAGUAGUAGUGGUAGUAGCAGUAGCAACAGUAGUAGUAGUAGUAGAAGUAGUUGCAGUAGUAGUAGUAGUAGUAGCAGUAAUAUAGUAGUAGUAGUAGCAGUAGUAGCAGUAGUAGUAGUAGUAGUAGUAGCAGCAGUAAUAUAUUAGUAGUAGUAGUAGCAGUAGUAGUAGUAGCAGUAGUAAUAGUAUGCCACACAUACAGUAGCACAUACAGAGAGACAUGGCUAUCACAAUGGUUAAAAAUAACCCUCUGCGUUGUGUGAAAGGCGAAGAUCGCAGACUGGUGAAAAAAGAGAGGAAGGUUGAUUAUGUUUUUGUUUCUGGUAAUAGGAAAUCUAAUCUGUUGCUGUAUUUAAUGUCACAGAGCUAGCCUAGUCUCUGACUCAGUGGUAAUACAAAUAUGAUAUUUGUGUGUGUGUGUGUGUGUGUAUUUUUGUCGUGGUGGAUAGAUAUAUAAUGUUUACAAUGAAAUGGAUGCACAAUAAAGCAGAGAUUUAUGUGGGUACCUGAAAAGUGAGUAGGCUACACUAUCCUCAACCGAAAUGCUACUUGCUUCCAUCACUGCUGAUAUCUUCAGAAGGAGUAUGAACUAUUGAGUCCCUGGUCUCUUAUUUCCACUCCAGAAGGAGAAAGUGGGCUCGUUUCUCCUGGUGAAUUGGUGUCGGAGGACCUCAGUGAAUGGGGCACAUUUAUCCUGAAUUUCACCAUGCAUUUCCUCUUUUAUUGGCCUGGAUGUCGCUAGCUGAUUCCUGCACUUAAAGCUGUUUGUUGCUGGGUGUUUUAUAGAACAUAUAGUCAAUAAAGUUCUGUUUACUUUCAUUUUCGGCCAAAUUGUAGCUUAACAAUUCUGCUUCGUUGGUCCAAUUCUAUUUAUGUUUUAUGUGUAUUUUCUUGAUCAACUAAAUCAUUUGGAUAAUGAAUGUUAUUGGAUAAUGCAGAUAAUUCUAUGUAACUGCCCCCAUUGAUAUGGCAGAGUUCUAUGAUCUAAUGUCCUUUCUAGCAUACUUCCAAGAAUGCAUGCCCAAUACAUGAUUUCAUUCUACGUAGUUUGCUAGUGUUGAUAUUGAAACAGAGAUCUCUCUGAGUGACAUUUGAGAGUGGUUAUGUGACGGUAACAGGGCCUUGUGUACAGGAAGUUAUCUGGAGAAUGGCUGCUGACUGUAGUGGGACGGUGUUCAUUGUCACCCCACUGCUGUCAAUUCCCAGAAGUCAUGACACAGUGACAUCAUUGGCCCUCUCUCCUUGCCAAUGUUGUUCUGCUAAUAGACUGCAUCACUCCGUUUCCUUUGGAGGGUUGCUAGUUGCUUUCCAGGCAGGAUUAGUGGGAACACUGAUAUCUCUUCCUUCAACUGUCCACUUGAAGGGAAUCUGUUGAAGUCUGUCUGUCUAUGUUAGAAGUGUUAUGGAUCUCGUUAGCGUUGGUUUAAUCUUCUCCUCCAUCUUCCUCCUCCUAGGUAUCCUGUUCAGAAGUUCUGUCCUGAAGCUUUGAGGACCGAGGACUACCCAGCAACCCUGCCAUCUCAAUCAGUGUCACCCCCCAAAAAAAGAACAGCAGCUUUUAACCUCCAACUUUUUCCUUCACCAAGUGGACUAUCUCUGUAUUGUAAAACCCACCCCUGCACACUCACGUGUAACGUCCCAACAACGCCACGGUCGCAAGAGGCGACAGACACGAACGUCACCAUGAACGUCACGUCUCUGUUCUCCUUCACCAGCCCGGCCGUCAAGCGCCUCCUCGGCUGGAAACAGGGAGACGAAGAGGAAAAAUGGGCGGAGAAAGCCGUAGACGCGUUGGUGAAGAAACUGAAGAAGAAGAAGGGAGCGAUGGAGGAGUUGGAGAGGGCUCUGAGCUGCCCGGGUCAGCCCAGUAACUGUGUCACCAUCCCUCGCUCCCUGGACGGAAGACUUCAGGUGUCCCACAGGAAGGGCUUACCCCAUGUGAUCUACUGCAGGGUGUGGAGGUGGCCCUGACCUGCAGUCUCAUCAUGAGCUCAAGGCUCUGGAGUGCUGUGAGUACCCGUUUGGCGCCAAGCAGAAGGACGUCUGUAUCAACCCGUACCAUUACAAGAGAGUGGACAGUCCAGGUGAGUGGGGGGGGGGGGGGGACAUUGAAGCACUAGAGGGUUUUUAUGUUGUGCUGAAAAGUCAACGUAAAAUUAUCAUCAGGGAUGAUAUGCUUUUUUAUUAUGUUUUGUGUAAAUAUAUCUAAUGUUUUUCCACUAGAUCUUUCCAGCCUAAUUCCCAUUUACUGUAUGUUUGAUUUAUGAUACCCUUUCAAAAUGUGUUGUGAUAGUCCAUACUUUUCCUAUGAACCUUCACAUCGCUCUUGAACAUGAACCAUUCAUGGUGAACCAUACAAAUGACCCUAAACAUAACCCAUAACAUACCCACCCCAGCAGCCUGUUCCUCCCCUAUCAUCAGCCGUAUGUUCUCUCUUCUCUCGUCGUGGCUUUCCCCUUCCCAUGGUUUCCGCAGACGUUCACUUCUUUUUUCUCCCGUUCCCCCUUUCAUAUCCUCCCCAUGUCAGCCAGGUGCUCUAAUCUGUCUGAACUGAGACACAUGAGAAAAGAACCACCACCACAGACUAUUGAUAUGCCUCAGAAAUCUCAGCUGUGUGUGUGCUUGCGUGCGUGUACUGUAUUUAUGCGUGUGUGCGCGUGUGCCUGUAUGUGUGCGUGUGCAUGUGUAUGUAUGUGUGUGUGUGUGUGUGUGUGUGUGUGUGUGUGUGAAACCGAAAGAUAUUUGUUUCCCUAAUAGACAGGGGACAUCAAAUGUCCUCUUUUGUCUGUCUGCUAAGCAGAAGAUGAGGCCCAGCUGACUAGACAGAAACAGCUGUCCACAGGGUGCUACAGGAAGGGGGGCGAGUGUGUUUCAGUGUGUGUGUGUGUGUGUGUGUGUGUGUGUGUGUGUGUGUGUGUGUGUGUGUGUGUGUGUGUGUGUGUGUGUGUGUGUGUGUGUGUGUGUGUGUGUGUGUGUGUGUGUGUGUGUGUGUGUGUGUGUGUGUGUGUGUGUGUGUGUGCGUGCGUGUGUGUGUAACAGGAAAUUCCAGCCGGGGGAGAAUGAGGGCUUUGUUUUUGGCGUGCUCUGUGCGGCCGGUCGGGCCGGGGAACACACACACACACACACACACAGACACACACACACACACAUACACACACACACACACACGUGGUGUUUCUCUGAGGAAGAAGUGGACAGGAAGCCACACACAAUGGGAGGAAGGAGUGGAUGCCCGCCUCACACACUUGUUUUAACAACUGGGCUGUAGCACCUGUCUGUCCACACCUCCCCCCACCACCCACACACACACACCCACACACACACACAGACACACACAGACACACACACACACACACACACACAGACACACACACACACACACACACACACACCCCCACACACACACACACACACACACACACACACACACACACACACACACACACACACACACACACACACACACACACACAGACAGAGCUAUUCCCAAAGCAGUAACACCAGGAUAGAACAGAUAACAUGAAACGCCCUGACACUAGUCUUAUAUAGAACAAUAGCCAGGGUUCAGACUCAACCUUUUUUUAAACGUUCAAACUAAAUUUGUCAACAAAAUAUGCUGUAAUUAGAAUUUAAAACACAACUUUUGACCAGUAAUCUUUCUCAUUAUAGCAUUUUAUUGGGAAAGGGGAGACCUAGUCAGUUGCACAACUGAAUGCAUUCAACCGAAAUGUGUCUUUCGCUUUUAUCCCAACCCCUCUGAAUCAGAGAGGUGUGGGGGGCUGCAUUAAUUGACAUAAUCAGCACCUGGGGAGCAGUUGUUGUUGGGGGUUAACUAACUGCCUUGCUCAAGGGCAGAACGGCAGAUUUUUUCACCUUGCCAGCUUGGAGAUUUGAACCAGUGACCUUUCAGAUUACUAUCCCAACGCUCUUAACCGCUAGGCUACCUGCCACCAUUGACAACACUCUUAGUUCCACUAUUAGUUCAGUAUUAUUUAAUUAUAUAUUUAUUACCUAUUUAUGGAUAUCGGUGGAACAGAUCUCUAGUGGUUUAUAUCUGAUCUCAUACCUCUGAAUGGUCCUCACAUCACCAAUUAGCCACAAAUAUUUUCCCCCAAAUGAUAGAUUCUUCAUAAAGGGACUCACUCACCUCUGAGAUAUUUUCUCUGAACAGAAUGUCUGGUACAGAGGCCAAAAACUGCUGGCUAAACCAACACUCUGCAAGCUGCAAUUCCAAAAAUGCAGGGGCAUCUGCAAAUGUGCACAGCGAAUAGAGAGAGAGAGGGAGGAGGGAUAGAGAGAGAGACACAGAGAGAAAGAGAGAGGCUUUUUAUGAUGCUGUAAUUAAAGAACUCUGUCCAUCCUGGCUCUGUGUGUGUGUGUGUGUGUGUGUGUGUGUGUGUGUGUGUGUGUGUGUGUGUGUGUGUGUGUGUGUGUGUGUGUGUGUGUGUGUGUGUGCGCGCGCGCUAACUGGACUCAUGGGGCUUAGGGACACAAAGAGAGGGCUAACCCCUUACCCUCUCUACCCCCAAUACCCUUGCUAGCAGGGUCAGCCAUUGCACCAUAGCAGAUAUUCAACUAAAAAGGCUCUGGACAUCUCAAUGAAACUAAAUGAUAAAAAUAGGACUGCUGAGAGUUGUAAAGGCUAGAAUAUUUAAUGAUUGGAAUAUUGAUUAUAGAGAAGAGUGUAUUUGGAUGUGCCUUUCAUUCAAAAGGAAACUGGCCUCACCAAUUAUGAAUGUGUUAUAUAGUGUCUAUCUAUGCAAUGGUGCAACAGACCCGGCAGACAUUUUGUGCCGAAUUGGGCCAUAACAUACCAUUCAAAUCAGUAUAGAGAUACAGAAACUGACUGUAACUAACCUUGGGUCGUGUUCAUAAGAGAACACAACAGAAAACAUUUAAAACAUUUAACAGCAGAAAACAAACAUAUGUAUUUCUUAUUGGGCAAGUCCAGGUAGUCCCUCCCUGUUUCAGUCCGUUUUCUUCUGUUUCAUGCCAACUGAACAUGAACCUGAUGUCCUCUCUCCUUUCCCCUCUCCUUUCCCCUCUGUCUCAGUGCUGCCCCCGGUGUUGGUCCCGCGGAAUAGCGAGUUCAAUGCCAAACACAGCAUGCUACCACGCUUCCGCAACCCUCUGCACCAGAACGAGCCCCACAUGCCCCAGAACGCCACCUUCCCAGAGUCCUUCUCCCAGGCCAACACCCAGAUGAACUUCCCCCAGACACAGGCACACUCCCCUGGGGGGAACAGCUACCCCAGCUCCCCUGGUAGUGGCAGCAGUGCCACCUUCCCCCACUCCCCCACCAGCUCUGACCCAGGCAGCCCAUUCCAGAUGCCAGGUGAGACGCCAGGUCAGAUGCCAGGUACAAUUCACUAAUAACUUUAAUAACGUUUGGCGUGAUAACAAUGUAUUGAAUCAUGCCAUCACCCUCUUGGGUAUCUACACUGUGUACAAAACAUUAUGAACACCUUCCUAAUAGUGAGUUGCAGACCCUUUUUCUCAGAACAGAGUCAAUUGGUCGCGGCAUGGACUUUACAAGUUGUCACAAGCGUUCCACAGGGAUGCUGGCCCAUGUUGACUCCAAUGCUUCGCACAGUUGUGUCAAGUUGGCUGGAUGUUCUUUGGGUGGUGGACCAUUCUUGAUACACACGGGAAACUGUUAUGUGAAAAACCCAGCUGCAUUGCAGUUCUUGACACACUCAAACCGGUGUGCCUGGCACCUACUACCAUACCCUGUUCAAAGGCACUUCAAUAUUUUGUCUUGCCCAUUCACCCUCUGAAUGGCACACAUACACAAUCCAUGUCUCAACUGUCUCAAAAUCCUUCUUUAACCUGUCUCCUCCCCUUCAUCUACACUGAUUGAAGUGAAUUUAACAAGUGACAUGAAUAAGCUUCACCUCAUCAUAGAUCAUAGCUUUCACCUGGAUUCACCUGGUCAGUCUAUGUCAUGGAAAGAGCAGAUGUUCCUAAUGUUUUGUACACUCAGUGUAUAUGUGUGUGCUUGGCAAAUGGCCGGUCCAAUCUAAACAAUGGAAUAGGCUAAGCAGCAGUAGACUUACUGUAGGUGAUGACAGGAAGUAAAGGUCGUAUGACAGGAAUAUUCUGGUCGCUGUACUGUGUAGGUCAGCGUUUCCCAAACUCGGUCCUCGGGACCCCAAGGGGUGCACGUUUUUGUUUUUGCCAUAGCACUACACAGCUGAUUCAAAUUAUUAAAUCUUGUUGGUUAUUUGAAUCAGCUGUGUAGUGCUAGGGAGAAGAAGAAAAAAACUUGCCCCCCUUGGGGUCCCGAGGACCGAGUUUGGGAAACCCUGGUGUAGGUGAAGGUGUUUUUGUCAGCAUGUUGGAGUAAACCAAAGGCUCUAAAACAGAUAAAGCUGGUAAGUCAAUUUCAAUAUAGGGUGACAGUUGGAAGACUUCUUUCUCUCUGUUUUAACCCUCUCUCCCCAUCUCCUUGCCCUCCUCCAGAGACCCCCCCUCCAGCCUACAUGCCCCCAGAGGAGCGGAUGACUCAGGACUGCCCCCAGCCCAUGGACACCAACAUGAUGGUCCCUGCGUUGCCCCUGGAGAUCAGCAACAGGCCAGGUAAUCAGCUGUGACAUCACCCACUUAGAGCUGUCAGCGCCCCGCCUGCUCGUACUACAGGUGCAAGGGAUUUCUGGGAACACCAAGUACGCAACCAUGACACGCUCUGCUUUUUAUUUGUCGUGGUGAAUCAAGCCCAGUUUUAAUAGGCUAUGUAGUUGAAAAUAACACUUGAAAAGUAGUUGUGGUUGUUGGGGUUUGUGGAAGUGUUCAUUUAAGUUCUCAUGCAUGUUGUAAUGCUAGUAAGAAAAACGGAUGUAGGUGCUAAAUCCCUCUGUUAAAAUAAGGGGUGAUUAAUAUGAUGACUUUCAAAAUUGCACAUCAUGGGUUGGAAAAGAUUAGCUAGAAAACAAUUUCCUUCAUAUAUUCAAUUAAAAGAGAAUUAAAGGGGAAUUUUAUACGAUCAUUAAUGCAGGGUAAAAGGAAAAAUAGCAUUAACGCGUAUCCAUUUUCAGAAAAGCAGAGUAUCUCACACCAUUUUGAGGCAUUAGGUUUUAGAUUUUAGUAUGAAGAACACAAAAGCGUCAGUCUAUACAUGCAACCCUGAGGAAAGAUCAGAGAGUCUGCAAAUUAAAUUUGGUCUCAGAGCAGUUUUUACGAGGCCUUUUAAAAACCUCUGGCUGAUGUCAUCUCUGCCGAUGGUAAUUAACAGAAAGCUUGUUAAGAACUUGUUAAGAAUUGGCCUCACUAAUUACAUCCAAUUUUUUUUUAUCUGAAACACUUGUUUCAAAUAAAAAAACCUUGUUUGCUACCACCUACCUCAACUGUGGUUUAGUCAAUCGUUAGUUGCUGUGGAGAUCUGGCAUUCCUUCACAUCACACAUCUGAACAGUCAGUGCAUACACAAAAGCCAUGUACGCCACCAGUCAUGCAGGCUAUUUACAUGGCAAAAGAUAAUGUGUCAUGGGGGUGUUUGAUUUUUGAAGUCGAAGCAAUUUUAAAGUGUCUACAGUACCAAGUCUGUGGAUACUUUCAGCAGCCAAGGUAUUGGACAGAAUUGUACAAAGUGUUUACGCUAGCUAAAACCAGUAUUCCAAUCUCCCUACCAAUCUCCCUAUACAAUUGUUAUGCAUCCAGUCACAGUAGUAUCCCCACCCACACAGAUGAAUAUUGCAAUGGGUGUGGAGAAAUACUCCCUGGAAGUGGCGAUUGGGGAAUUUUCUGUCCUUCCCCAAGCUGCAUCCUGUGCAGUGUGCUAGUGGUAGGAGAGGUUUCCAUUGUGGGCCGAAAAGCAUAGACCAAACCCACCUGCUGGCCACUACUCUCAGCAGAGGAAGUUAGGGAGUAGUAUGCCGCUUGGAUAAACUCUCCCUCCCUCAGAGAGAGGAGGCCAGCUGGCAUAAAGCUCACCCAAGAUACUGGGAGAGGGCACCAGGCGGGCACUGGCUUGGUCUAUUGACUGACUGCUUGACUCAAUAAAUACUGAUCCCAGACCAGACUGCCUGCAGUCAGUGACAGUAUUUGAUCAAGACUGGCCCUGUCCAGACUGACCACAGUCAGUCUACUAGGGUUGGAUGGAUUUGUCAGCAUUGAUUUUCUGUUUCGGUUGUAUGCAAACAUGACCUAUAGCUUUCUGUGUACUUAGACUUACUUCACAUACCACACAUUUCAGACACAUUUUCCACGUUUGUCAUCAACAUACACAACACCAUUUUUUUCUCUAAUCCUAGUAAAGGAAGUUGGAGAUGAAAGCCUAACAUCUGCUAUAUCAAACUGCAGCUGAUAGUCAGACUAGACAGACAGACAGACAGACUUGAACUUUAUCAGAACACAGAACAAAAGGCCUGAUGCUCAUAAGCCACUCCAGUCAAUCUGCGCGUGCAUGCGCGUGCGUGUGUGUAUAAAUGUCUCACUGUGUGUGUGUGUGCGUGCCUGCGUGUGUGUCUGAUCAUACACACAUCUCACCCUUUCUGUGUGUGUUUGACAUCCUGUACAGAUGUGCAGCCGGUGGUCUACGAGGAGGCAAAACACUGGUGCUCCAUAGAGUACUAUGAGCUGAACAACCUCCUCCUCUCAUCCCUCUCUCCUCUCCUCUCAUCCCUGUGUCCUCUCCUCCCUUUGUCCUAGAUGUUCAGCCGGUGGCCUACGAGGAACCUAAACACUGGUGCUCCAUAGUGUACUACGAGUUGAACAACCGGGUGGGAGAGGCGUUCCAGGCCAACUCUACCAGCGUCCUGGUCGACGGCUUCACCGACCCGUCCAACAACCGCAACCGCUUCUGCCUGGGCCUCCUCUCCAACGUCAACCGCAACUCAACCAUAGAGAACACCCGGCGACACAUUGGCAAAGGUAAAAAUGGCCAUGGAUGGGAACACUCUUAUAUUGCCUUAUAUUUUCCCAAAUAUAAGGCCCUGGACACACUGUCCACAGGACUGGUUCAAUUGUUAGUGUCAAUGUGUUAUGGGCUAUGGACUGUGGCUAAACAGGAGUAGUGCAGUCCAAUCAUAAAUAAUUGUGUCAGCAUUUUAAUGGAUCAAUUAAGAAUCCAAGUAAGUUCUACUCUACUGUACUCUACACUACUACAUUCUAGUCCCAUGUAACCCUCUCUUCCCCUCUCCCCAGGAGUCCACCUGUACUACUCUACUCUACUCCAUUCUAGUCCCUUGUAACCCUCUCUUCCCCUCUCCCCAGGAGUCCACCUGUACUACUCUACUCUACUCCAUUCUAGUCUCAUGUAACCCUCUCUUCCCCUCUCCCCAGGAGUCCACCUGUACUACUGUACUGUACUCUACUCCAUUCUAGUCCCAUGUAACCCUCUCUUCCCCUCUCCCCAGGAGUCCACCUGUACUACUGUACUCUACUGUACUCCAUUCUACUCCCAUGUAACCCUCUCUUCCCCUCUCCCCAGGAGUCCACCUGUACUAUGUGGGUGGUGAAGUGUACGCUGAAUGUCUGAGUGACAGCAGCAUCUUCGUCCAGAGUCGUAACUGUAACUACCACCACGGCUUCCACCCCACCACCGUCUGUAAGAUCCCCAGCGGCUGCAGCCUCAAGAUCUUCAACAACCAGGAGUUUGCUGAGCUGCUGGCACAGUCCGUCAACCACGGGUUUGAGGCUGUCUACGAGCUGACCAAGAUGUGCACCAUCCGCAUGAGCUUCGUCAAGGUAACCGUCAUAGACAUACAUCCCAUAAUAUAGAGAAUAUAAUGUUAAAUGGUUCAGUGUGAAGGAGGUGAGGUCAGGGGCUAAUCUUAUGCUUUGAGAUGAAGACGAGAGGAUUCAAAGAAUCAAGGAAAUAAGAUAGAGAAAGAGCCAUGUUGAUGAUACCUGUCCCUAAAGAGAAUAGCUCUCUUCCUCUUGCUCUCCCAGGGCUGGGGUGCAGAGUACCACCGUCAGGACGUGACCAGCACCCCCUGCUGGAUUGAGAUCCACCUGCACGGCCCUCUGCAGUGGCUGGACAAAGUGCUCACUCAGAUGGGCUCCCCCCACAACCCCAUCUCCUCCGUGUCCUAG